AUGUGGGUGAUGCGGCAAGCUGGUCGUUAUCUGCCUGAAUACCAUGAGGCGAAGGGAAAUCGCGAUUUCUUCGAGUGCUGCCGUGAUCCGGAGGUUGCGUCGACGCUGACCCUCCAACCCGUCGAACGUUUUGCUGGAUUACUGGACGCCGCUAUCAUUUUCUCGGACAUUCUAGUCAUUCCACAGGCAAUGGGAAUGCAGGUCGAGAUGGUAGACAAGAAGGGCCCGCACUUCCCUAAUCCUUUGAAGACCCCCGAGGAUGGCCAAUAUGACCAAGUUCUCAAAAAAGACGUGCAGGUGGCGGAAGAGUUAGACUACGUCUACAAGGCCAUCACACUUACGAGAAAGAAAAUCGCUGGGAGAGUACCUCUAAUUGGUUUCUGUGGUGCUCCUUGGACUCUCUUUUGCUACAUGGUUGAAGGUGGUGGCACUAAACUGUUUGCUCAGAGCAAGACUUGGAUAUACAAAUACCCCGAGGAAAGCAAGAAGCUUCUGUCAAAGAUUGCAGAUAUAUGCGUGGAUCACCUGGCUCGUCAAGUAGAGGCUGGUGCACAGAUGGUCAUGGUAUUCGACUCUUGGGCUGGAGAGCUGUCUCCAUCGUCUUUUCGCGAGUUCUCCGAGCCUUACCUGUUACACAUUGCACAAAAGCUCCCGAGCAAGCUGAAGAGCUUGGGACUGGAUCGUGUUCCUAUGACCGUCUUUCCUAAGGGUGCAUGGUACGCCUUGGACUCUGUAUGCAAUCUAGGCUACAACGUUGUGGGCAUGGACUGGCUCCAAGACCCUGCAGCGGCUCUCAGGAUUCGCGGAUCACGCAAUGUAGUCUUCCAGGGCAACGCCGACCCUGGUGUCUUGUAUGGAACUAAGGAAGCGAUAACACUGGCUGUGGAACAAAUGGUCAAAGGAUUUUGGGCCGCCAAGAAGGGCUGGAUUGCCAACUUAGGACACGGAAUUACACCUGGCGUUGACCCUGACAACUUGAAGCACUUUUUCGAGGAGAUUCACAGGCUGACAAAAAGUUGA